GGCCGCUCCGGCACUUUCACUUCCCGGGAGCGGGGCCGGGGUGAGCUUGGGGAUGAACCAUCUUCCACCGGCUGGGGCUGAGGCUUUCUCCCCCGAGGCGGGAGUGGAGGCUGGACCCUUCUCUCCAAGCCGAAGCAUGGCCCGUCCUGUCCUGUGACCAGGCUGCCUGCCCUCUCCCGCCGCCUCCGGGCUGGAGCAGGGGCUAGACUUUGUGGUCGCAUACCCACCCACACUGGGACUGGGCUCUGAUCCUGAGGCCACAGCCCAGCUCUCUGCCCUUCUCCCCCUGGGCCCACCUGCUCCACCACCUACCCACAGAGCAGCCUGGGGCGCUGUGGCCUGGAAGGCUACAGCCUCUUCCCUCUCCCCCCACCCUGGGAACGGCCCCACCCUUUCCCUUCACUGCCUGCAGCCACUGCCCCCUCAGCAGCUGUGUGCCCCCAGCGUAUGUCUCCUGUGGCCUCCCUCCUCUCCCUGCCCAACAUAGCAGUUGGAGCAGACUGUCAGGCAGCCCCAAAGACUAUUUAGUGGGGCUCCUGCACUGAAGUGAAAACCUAGCAAAGCCUUCCCUUUCUUCCCUCUAUACCCCUGACCCACAAGGUGGCCCAUCUCAACCCUCAGAUCCCUGGGUUUGGUGAAUCCUGCUGAGAGUGAGCAGUAGUAGCAGGAUUCCGCAAAGCCUCCAGCUUGCCACCUGGAAGAAGGUCACUUUCUUUUGAGCAAAGGAGAUAAUGGGAGGUACCCUGCCAGUGUUCACUGAGAGCCCGGGGUGACAUGAGCCUCAGUUGCUCCGGGAGGGUUGUGGCACAUGGGGCUGGGUGGCUCGCCCUAAGCUUGCUCUGACAAAAGAGUUUUGAGUUGGUCUUUUGGCUGAGCCUGCCAAGGAAGGCAGGCUCCUGCAGGAGUCUUGGAGGGUCGGAUGCAGCGCCGGAUGAGGAUGAGGCGUGGCGGAAGAUGCGUUUGGCUCUGCAGACACUGCAUCGGGCAGCAGGGGACUCUGGGAGGCUGGUGCAGCCAGAAGGCAUGGCUCUUGACAGCCUUCUAGUAGAAUCUCUGGAAUUGUGCAUAUCACAGUAAGAUUUUUAAUUAAUGAAAAUUUCACCACUUAUUGAGUGUCAGAAGCCCCACCUUCACCCCACCCCCUCCCCUGGGCUGAGACUGGUUCCAAAGGAUGCAACUCCCCAGGACAGAAGAGGAAAGAAACUAACGGGUAUUGAGCACCUACUGUGUGCCAGGCCCAGGCCAGCCAAUCCUACAAGUUAGGACUUAAUCCCGUUUUACAGAUGAAGAAACAGAGAGUAGGACUUGCCCAACAUCAUACAGCUGGAUGAGGAUGAUACCCUUAUUCCUUUGCUUAGGCCUCUGCAAACACCUGUUACCUAGUGGUGGGUUCCCCCCACAUCCACCCAGUCUGUGCAGACUUGCUGCCUACUAUGUCAUCGGGAACGCAAAGGCUGGGAAGAAGGCCCUUCCCAAAAUGGACUGGUGUUGCAGGGUGAGAAGCUGCCCCCUGACUUCAUGCCAAAGCUCGUCAAGAAUCUCCUAGGCGAGAUGCCUCUAUGGGUCUGCCAGAGUUGCCGAAAGAGCAUGGAGGAAGAUGAAAGGCAGACAGGUCGAGAACAUGCAGUGGCGAUCUCCUUGUCACACACAUCCUGCAAAUCACAGUCUUGUGGGGGUGACUCUCAUUCCUCUUCGUCCUCCUCUUCAUCGUCCUCGUCCUCCUCCUCCUGCCAUGGGAACUCAGGGGACUGGGAUCCCAGCUCCUUCCUGUCAGCACAUAAGCUCUCGGGCCUCUGGAACUCUCCGCACUCCAGUGGGGCCGUGCCGGGUAGCUCACUCGGGAGUCCUCCUACCAUCCCUGGUGAGGUUUUCUCUCUCUCGGAGCACCACCGGCACUCAGACCUCACUGCUCCACCUAACAGCCCCACUGGCCACCACCCCCAGCCCGCGUCGCCGAUCCCAUCUCACCCCGGGUCCUUUGGCUCACCACCCCAUCCACACCUGCCACCUGCUACCCCGGCAGCGCCUUUCCCUGCCCAAGCUUCAGAAUGCCCUGUUGCCGCUGCUGCCGCCCCACACACCCCAGGGGCAUGUCAGACUCCCCACCUGCCCUCCACCAGCAUGCCGCUCCUGAAGAUGCCUCCACCAUUCUCAGGGUGCAGCCACCCCUGUAGUGGGCACUGCGGCGGGCACUGCAGCGGGACUCUCCUCCCACCUCCCAGCUCUCAGCAGCUCCCUAGCACUCACAGCAGAGACCCUGGGUGUAAAGGGCACAAGUUUACACACAGUGGCCUGGCCUGCCAGCUCCCCCAGCCCUGCGAGGCAGAUGAGGGCCUGGGUGAGGAAGAGGACAGCAGCUCAGAGCGCAGCUCCUGCACCUCAUCCUCCACUCACCAGAGAGAUGGAAAGUUCUGUGACUGCUGCUACUGUGAGUUCUUCGGCCACAAUGCGCCACCCGCUGCCCCGACGAGUCGGAAUUAUACAGAGAUCCGAGAGAAGCUCCGCUCGAGGCUGACCAGGCGGAAAGAGGAGCUGCCCGUGAAGGGGGGCACCCUGGGCGGGAUCCCUGGGGAGCCCGCCGUGGACCACCGAGAUGUGGAUGAGCUGCUGGAAUUCAUCAACAGCACGGAGCCCAAAGUCCCCAACACCGCCAGGGCCGCCAAGCGGGCCCGGCACAAGCUGAAAAAGAAGGAAAAGGAGAAGGCCCACUUGGCAGCAGAAGCUCUAAAGCAGGUGAAUCGUAGUGUUUCUGGAAGCCGGGAGCCAAGGCCUGCCAGGGAGAGGCUCUUGGAGUGGCCUGACCAGGAGCUGGAUCGAGUAAAUAGCUUCCUGAGCAGCCGUCUGCAAGAGAUCAAGAACACUGUCAAGGACUCUAUCCGUGCCAGCUUCAGUGUAUGUGAGCUCAACAUGGACAGCAAUGGAUUCUCUAAGGAGGGUGCUGCUGAGCCAGAGCCCCAGAGCCUAUCCCCCUCAAACCUCAAUGGUUCCUCAGAGCAACGGCCUGACAUUAAUCUUGACCUGUCCCCUUUGACUUUGGGCUCCUCUCAGAACCACACGUUACGAGUUCCAGGUGAGCCAGCCCCACCAUGGACAGAAAUGAGAGGCUCCCACCCACCAUGGACAGAGGUGAGGGGGCCCCCUCCUGGUAUCAUCCCUGAGAAUGGGCUAGUGAGGAGACUCAACGCCGUGCCCAACUUGUCCCGGGUGAUCUGGGUCAAGACACCCAAGCCAGGCAACCCUAGCCCUGAGGAGCCAGGCCCAAAGGAGGUUCCCAGUUGCAAGCAGGAGCUGCCCGAGCCUGUGGUCUCAGCUGGGAAGCCGCGGAAGGGCAAGAGACAGGGCAGUCAGGCCAAGAAGAUCGAGGCAAGCCCAGCCCCACGGUCCCCUGCCAGCCUUGAGGUUCCCAAUGCCAAGGGCCAGAUCCCCAGCACCAAGCAGCCAGGCAAGGCCACAGAGCCUCCCAAGGUGGGCAGCUGUGCUGAGGCUGGAGAAGGGAGCCGGGGGAGUCAGCCAGGACCAGGCUGGGCUGCUGGCCCCAAAGCUGACGAGAAGGGCAGCUCCUGGCGAAACUGGCCAGGUGAGGCCAAAGCACGGCCUCUGGAGCAAGAGUCUGUGCAGCCCCCAGGCCCAGCAAGGCCACAGAGCUUGCCACAGGGCAAGGGUCGCAGCCGCCGGAGCCGCAACAAGCAGGAGAAGACAGCCGCCUCCUUGGACGAUGUGUUCCUGCCCAAGGACAUGGAUGGGGUGGAGAUGGAUGAGACUGACCGGGAGGUGGAGUACUUCAAGAGGUUCUGUUUGGAUUCUGCAAAGCAAACUCGUCAGAAAGUUGCUGUGAACUGGACCAACUUCAGCCUCAAGAAAACCACUCCCAGCACAGUUCAGUGAACCCCUGCCGGGUCAAGCUUCUUCAGGGUGUCCUGAGACCCCAACUGCCAGCUGAAGGUCUACAGUUUCUUCCGCCACAUCCCUAUCCACCUGCCCAAGAUCCUCCCUGCUCCUCGCCAUCCUGGACCAACCAAAAGUUGAAUGGACGCUGUGCCAUGCUGGGGCCCCUCAGGACCUCCGCAGAGCCGCUUCCUGGUGCUACGCAGCCUCCUCACUCAGAGCCCGGGGGCUGAACUGGCUUGUGGGCUGGGGGCUGAUGGUACUGCUGGCCCAACACUGCUCUCUUUGUGUUUGGUUUUGUUUUUGUUCUUGUUUUUCAAUUCUUUACUUUUGAUACUGUGAAGAUCUUUCCUGCCGAAAGAUAAAGCAACAUUUGGACACAGA